AUGGACAAAAGCAAAAUCGGGUCCUUGCAUUUUGUUUUCGCUACUUACAAAGACACCGAUGCUACAUUGAAAACAACAAUACAAGCUAUUCAAUUACUGGAUAGCCUCCGACCGGAAGUGACGUAUCAGUGUCUCCUGCUGAAUGGGAGUUUUUCUCGUGCCGCUGCCAUCAACGAAGGAGCUGCCGUGAUUCAGUCUGGAUUACUUUUCAUUGUUGACGUCGAUAUAUUGCUGUACGAAGAGGUUUUCAAGCGGAUUCGACGCAACACUUUGCGUGGAAAAUUGAUCUAUUUCCCGAUUGUCUUUAACCGAUUUUUCGACGCUUGCGCCAAUGAAUCGGAAUGCGCACACAAACCAUUUACUCACCUAAAUGACGUGUUUGGUUUCUGGCGUUAUUUUGGCAAUGGCAUGCUUUCCAUCUAUAAAAGCGAUUUCGCUAAAUUGGGUUCUUUGAACGCAAAGACAAAAGAAUGGGGUGGUGAAGACAUUGAGUUUCUUGAGAAAUGCCUCUCGUCCAAAGACCAUAUCCCUCUCUCUCUCUCUUUCUUUCUUUCUUUCUUUCUUUCUUUCUUUUUUUCUCUCUCUCUCUCUCUCUCUCCCUCUCUCUCUCUCACAGAUCGUAUCUAUCUAUCUAUCUAUCUAUCUAUCUAUCUAUCUAUCUAUCUAUCUAUCUAUUUUGGCAACACAUUUUUAUAG